GAGUGAAAGGCAGAUUGUAUGAUGCCUGUGUGUAAACAGCCAUGCUACAUGGUGGUGAAAUUUGGACUAUGACUACAACAGGAUUUGUGAAGGCUUGAAAGAAAUAAAGCUAGCAUGUUCCACUGGAUCGGUAAUGUCAGUGUGCACACAUGACAGAGUGUAAGUGAUUUAUGAGGAAAACUGGGCAUAAGAGGCAUCAGAUGUUGUGUGCAAGAGAGAAGAAGACUGCACUGGUUUGGUCAUGUGAUGUGCAUGGAUGAGGACAGCUGCAUAAAGAAGUGCCAAGUUCUAAUUGUGGAGGAAACUUGUGGAAGCGGGUAAACCCAGGAAGACAGGAGAUGAAGUGGUGAAAAAGGAUGCCAGGCGUCACUGGGGAAAUGACAAGGGACCAGGAAUUGUGUUUACUUGUGGAAGUAUUUUCAACUAAGAUAUCAGCCUGCUGCCAGCUACCUCCAUAAUGGAUGUUCCUGAGGAUAAAUUGGAACAGCGCCGUGCCAUCAAGAUGGUAACGGCAGCUGACAAAUAUCUCCAGAAGCAUGAAUAUCUGAAUGCUUUGAAUCUUUACAAGGAAUCUGUGGACAUUUUGCCUGAUCCUGAUAUCAUUUAUAAAAUUAGGAAACUACGAAAAUACAUGAAACGGAAAGGUUACGACUUAGGGGAAAACAAAGAGAACAUCGAUUCCUGUGAACCAGCUGCUAAUGAAAUUGAGAACUCUGAUGAGAACUUAAUUAAAAAAGUUAAGUCACCUGACAUUUUGAAAGAACAAAGUGAUUUCUAUUGUUCUUCAAAUAGUCAGAAUCCACCUUCCAAUUCCCAUCAAAUGUCUGCUAAAAGUCCUCUAUUGGACACUGACAAACAAAUUGUAAAGAAACAGAAUGAUAAAAGUCCCCUCACUCAAAGUAUGGAACAGUUGUCGCUAUGCAGUAAACAGCCGGUACCAGUUAAAGCUGAAGAUGAGGUCAGAGUCCCUCUCGGAGAUGAAACCAACAAAGCCUCUCUGGCUGACGAAGUCAAAAGGCCUCCCAAAAAGGCUGUUGUUGAAUAUGAUGGCCCAAUACGUGACUUCAAGGACCUUCGCAAAUAUCUUUAUCCUCAUCAGAAAGAAGGCAUGAAAUGGUUGGCUCGGUUGUACUCAGAUGGCAAAGGUGGCAUUCUUGGAGAUGAUAUGGGUCUUGGUAAAACUCUUCUGAUGAUUGGUUACCUUGCCAAAAUGUUUGAGGUUGGAGAAGUUGAAACAGCUCUUGUUGUAGUACCGAGUUCUUUGAUAUUGCCUUGGCAUCAGGAAAUUGAUAAAUGGGCUCCAGGAUUGAAUUACGAUUCAUUCCAUGACAAGGGAAAAUCUGGCAGAAAGAAAACCCUUCAAUUCAUCCAGAGAAGAGGAGGUGUUCUUCUUGUGACUUACGGUUUAUUAGCGAACAACUACGAGGAUCUUUCAACUGACCGAACUGGUCAGGAGUUUGUUUGGGACUAUAUGAUACUGGACGAAGGUCAUAAAAUUAAGAAUCCCACCAAGACACAGAAAGCGGCCCACCAUAUUCCGUCUCGUAAUAGAAUUAUUAUGACUGGAACCCCUAUCCAGAACAACCUGGUUGCACGGCAAAAAGAUGCAUCUUUAGAAGAGAAGCAGUUAGGAUUCAUGAUGACCAAGAAUCUCCAGAAGCUAAUUGCUCCAUUCUUCCUGAGAAGAACCAAAGCUGAGCUGAUGUCUGAUUCAAAGAGUGGUAUACCGAAAUUACCACGGAAAAAUGAUCUGAUUAUCUGGGUGAAGAUGACCGAAAACCAAAAACAGGUCUACGAAUCUUAUCUAUGCUUAGAUGAAGUGAAACAGCUGAUGUCAUCAAGUAAAUCUCCACUUGUGGCUCUUAUCAUACUCAAGAAACUGUGUGAUCAUCUUCGUCUGAUGUCUGUGAGAGUUUGUCGAAGUCUGGGAUUGCUGACCAAAGAGGAAAGUCGAAAAUUCCGUUCAUCAUUCCAUCACUUAGAUGAUCCAGAUGAGAUUGCUGAACAGACAAAGGAAAUGAAUGUUUUAGACCAGAGUUCUAAACACACCAGUGGUAGCAGCACCAUCAGUAGCAGUGAGUUCAAUGAGAAUGCUUGUGCUGCCACUCAGCUUAAUGGUAUUCCAGACACCGUAUUAUGCCAAGAGUCUGGUAAACUGAUUGUUCUUAUUGAGCUGCUUGGUUAUAUUGUGGCCACUAACCACAAAUGUGUUGUCUUCUCCCAAUCAGCCAAAAUGUUAGACAUCAUUCAGAAAAUUCUGAAUAACCUGAAGUACAAAUAUGUCCGAAUGGAUGGCAAAGUCAUAAAAUUAGAAGAGAGAGCAAGAAUUAUCCGCAAAUUUGAGACAGACAAGAGCAUUUCUAUAUUCUUGAUGACUACACAGGGAUUUGAUAAAUUAAUUGAUCCAAGCUGGAACCCUGCAACAGACAGCCAGGCUGUGGACAGGGUUUACCGUAUUGGUCAAACGAAGAACGUCAUUAUCUUCCGCUUAAUGACUUGUGGUUCAGUUGAAGAGAAAAUCUACAUCCGCCAGUUGUUCAAACUAUCUAUCAAUCGACAAACCACCAAAGAAUCCAAGGAUCCAUUUAGGUACUUCACUAAGCAGGACCUGAAACAGUUGUUCAUUGUGGAGAAUCUGGCUUGGUCUGACACUCAGCAGCAGCUCAAUGAAAUGUUUGCUGGUAUGAGGCAGUCUGAUGAAGUUGUCGACCAACAAAUCGAAUAUGUGUUUGGUGUCAGUGACCAUGAUUUAGUGUUUUCAAAAGAAGAUGACAAUGAAGAAGCAACGUUAUCUAACUCCAGAGUGGAGACAAUGAUGGUCCAAGCCGAAGAAGCGAUUCGGUCCGAGGUGAAUACUGACCGAAGUGUUUCUGUGAAACAAUGGUCAAGUACUAGCUCUACGGUCAAUAACGAGAGACAAAUGAGGGACCCUGAUGGUCAAAAUUUUGUCUCUUUGCUCCCGCUGAACCCCAAUGGAAAGGUCCCUACUGUACCAACAACUCACACUCGUCCACCUUUCAACAGGAAUGAUGAUGAUGUUGUUGUUGUUGUUAAAGACAGUGAUGAUGAUGAUGAUGAUGAUUUCACCAGUGUUUCAAUUGGUAGCAACAACAACAACAGCAGCAGCAGCAGAACUGGAGUCAAUGACCUGACAACACCAUCUAUUGAUAGAUGGACGAUGAAUUACAAUAAGAACAGCAGCAGCAGUACUCUUGGUACCAUUUCUAAUCCAAUCUCUGUUGAAGACUGUUGCUCGGAUGAACAGCUAUCACCAACCCCUAUUGUCCACUCAUCAGUCCCUAAUACAAAAUCCUUGUCUGAUUCUGUUUGUGAAUCUCCUGCUCCUGAAAACAACACUACAAAGACCGGUUCCAUUGGCCGGAAAUCUUCUAUUUUACACUCCGAUGACCUUCUGAAAUCAUUCAUGUGUAACAAUAGUGCGAAUUCCAGUCGCCAGCGUCCUCGUCUGUCUGAUUCUGUCCGUAAGGCAGAAGACACAGCAGUCGAUUCGGAGGAUGGUACAUGGUUUGUUGCUGACUCAGAUGAUGAAAAUGGUACCACUACUGAGAUGGGUCGCCAUACUACAUUAAAGCCAAGUCUCAAUUUCUGUGUAGCAGAAUCUGACAGUGAGAAUGACAUGAUUAAUGAUUCUUGCGCAGAUGGUAGCCUGUCAGGAAAGGCUUUGAACAGCACCAAAGGUAGCAGCAGUAAGAAUUUCCGUACACCCUCUUUCAAAGGUGUGUCUUCUGUGGUGCCGAGUAGCUCGCCAAGAACUGAAGGCCGCGAAGAGGAGGAAAUGGAGACUGUGGCAGAUAACUCAUUUGAAGGUCAAACAGAACAACGUUUGGGGCAUGACCAAAGCAAGAACACAGAAUGUAAUGGUGAGGGGAACGACAGCGUUGUCAAUGUUAAAAGACACCGAAAGGUAUAUUGUGUGAUAAGUUCUUCAGAAGAGGAUUCUGGCUCUGAUGGUGUUGAUGACGACGACAACAAUGAGAACAAAAGAACCAAUGAUGACAGCAGCAGUUUCGAUGCUGUGCUUCCGAAACUGUCAAAAUGUCAUCGAAAGAGACUCCUCUCUUCAUCAGAGUCUGAGGCAGGAACAGAUUCUGAUGGUGAAGGAGAGAAUAAUAUCUCUGUUGUCCAAGAAAUGUUGAAUAUUUCUACUAAUCCACACGAGUCACUCAUCUCUUCUGUCCAAGUACGUCCUGUCAAAGUUCGAAGAUCGCAACAGUUUAAUAAUUCCCAAACAACGCAGUCUCCUAGCCUGUCGUCGGCUGCUCGAAAGGGUCCUUUCGAGGCAGAGCUCAGUGAUGCGGAUAUGGAAGGCGCAUCUGCGGUGGUUAAGAACAACAGCUUGGUUGCCCGUGGGGCUGGAGGGACAUCUGAUGGGGUCGGUGAAAGGGAGGAGGACGGAAAUGGAAAAAGAGAAGAAAACGAUGUAAAGGAGGAUGAAGACAGUGAAGAGGAGGAAGAAGAAGAGGGAGAUGAUGAACAAGAGGAAGAAAACGAGAUGGAUGUAAUAAAUAAAGAGAGAAAGGAAAUAUCAGUAGUAAGGGAAGAAAAUGAAGACAGUGAGGAAGAGGAAAUAGAAUUGCCAUUUCUUUCCAACGAAAAGAGUGAAGAAUUCAACAACUUUGUCAGGGAUGCCAGAAAGUCUUAUCUAAGUGAGAAUUACAAAGAGGCCUUGUAUUCAACGCUGAAGGCUCUUAAUCUCGAUUCAAGUGACUUAAAAUUACAGACAUUUGCACUGAAACUGAGAAAACUCUGUAAACCUCAAUGAGACAAUCACUACAAAUAUGGAGUUCAAUGAAUUCGGUAAACUGAACGUCAUCACAGAUUCAUUGUUCACUGCAGAUUAUUUUUUGUUAAUUUUGUUAUUUGUUUUAUUUGUUUGAGUUUAGUUUUUUCUCAUUAGAGAUUUCACUGUCAUUUGUAAAAAAAAAAAAAAAAUAUGCACUGCAUAACAUUGUGUGUUUCUUUAGUUUUUAUCUCCAAACCCUAAUUUCUUUUGUCUCGUGUUGGUGAAUGUAUACAUAGGAGGAGGCACCCAAAAGAAACUAGAAUUUUGCAAUAUUAUUUUAAUCACUUAGUUUUACAUGUUGAUGCUUUUGUUGUCUUCAAAGUAUUCUCCAUUUGAAGCGAUGCAUCGGUCAAGACGCAUUUUCCACUGUACGUAGUAGUCCUGGGAACUCUUGCGAAGUUAUGCCUUUCAAUGCUUCCGUCGUUUUUUUCCCUUCAUAUCUUCCACAUCUGCAAAUUCCAUAGCACCACCUUUCAUCACCAGUGAUGACCUUUCAAUAAAAAUAGUCCAGAUCAAAUUCCACUUGUUCUCUCCGUUCACGACACGCAUUCAGUCGUGACUGCUUUUGAUCUUCCGUAAACAAGCGAGGUACAAAUUUUGCUGCAAUUCUUUUCAUUUGCAAUUCUUUACUCAAAUUUCAUUGGCAAGAGCUCCAGGACACACCAGUCAUAUCAAACAAGUUCGUCAAUUGCUUGGUGACGGUCGUCCACGAUCAGUUCAUGAAUUUCAUUUGUUCAGUAAGAGUCGACGUUCAUCGCGAAUGGAGUUGAUCUUCAAGCGACAAGUGACCAUUCCUAAAGCGUGAGAACCACUUGUAAACUUGUUUUUCUCAUGGCAGUGUCCCCCUUGUAAGCUAUUUGAAAAGCAUGACAACUGUGUUGGCUGUCAUCUAUCCCUGCAGAAAACAGGACUUCAUGUAGGCAUGUUGUUCCUUCAUUUCAGCCAUUGCAAAAAUUGAUGAACAGGGGAAGAAGCUCUGCUAAACAGAGAUGCACCAUGUGGUUGUACAACUUCACACAAUGACCCCUGGUCGGUGGACUGAUGCCUGAGGGUCGCACCCAGCGGCUCCUAGUGGCGGGAGCCUGAACUGCAAUAGGUUUGUUCCACAGAGAACGUUUCCAGUUACGUUUGGGUGCCUCCCCUUAUGUGAGUGUAUGUGUAAAGAGAGAGGGACAUAAUAAAUAAAAAAAGAUACAAUUUUUCUUCUUACUCCUUAUUUUUGACUUGUAAUAUAUAACAUGAUAAAGCUGAUGACCAAAAAAGGUAUAUACAUGUAUGUAUGUAUAUAAAUAUUUGUAUAAUAUCUCAAA